GAAAAAUUCAUUAAAAGAGCUUUAAUUUUUGGCCAAGAAAAAUGCUGCGAAAAGUACUUUUGGUUGUUUCUUUCGUGUUGUCUCUCACAACGGGUUUGCCGGAUGGGGCUCCACCGGAUACGUGCGUUAAAAAUAAUCGCCCAAAUCACGGGAAAACCACGUCCCAGCCCAUCCACACGCUUCCCUAUCAAGUGGUGGCGAGUUCUAAUGUCUACGGACCAGGAACAACCAUCCACGUAACAAUUUCCGGUGGUGAUGUCUUCCGUGGCUUCUUCAUUCAAGCUCGCGAUGCUCAGACAAACGAAUGGAUUGGUGAAUGGCAACAGAGUGCCAAUACACAGACCAUACCUGAAUGUAGUGCCAUCACGCACGCAGAUCCAAAGGACAAAGUCCAGGCAACACUCAUCUGGCAGGCGCCAUCCAAUAAGCAGGGACAGGUGUACUUUACGGGGGCCGUGGUGAAGGAUUAUGGCACAUAUUGGACCGACAUCAUCGCCCAAAUACCCGUCUACCAGCACUAGUUCUUUUAACACAAAUUGCGCCCCAAACUUGUGAAUUUUGCAGCUCAAGGAACGGCAUGGAGGCGUGAAUGAAAUUGUUUUAUCGUCCCAUCAAUAUUUUCUCAUUUCUUUUCUUCUCAUUCACUUCUUUCACCUUAUGUAUGAGGCGGGGGGAGGAGCUGUGUGGGUGGACUCCGAAUGAAAUUCAAUUCUGCAUGGAACAAAAAAGCAAAAAGAAAUGUCGGAGGGGGGGGGGGAGGUUUCUGUAAACGAAAUUUCAAUCUGACUCUCGGUACACCUGAAAACACACCUCAAACCUUUAGGCGCACAGAAAAACACGAAAAUCCCCAACAUAUUGUACUUCCUGGCAAAAAUCAAGCAAUUCCUUCUCAAUCUUUCACAAAAUUGACUCCAUCUCCCCGCAUCGUGCCAGUGGGAACCACCUCCGGGUAUGAAAAUAAAAUGAAGAUCCAAGAAAAGCGCGUUUACAUGAGACGGAAUCGUAUGAUAUGACAUUAAUUACCAGGAGAGGGACAUAAAAUGUUAUUUAUGACUUUUAUUGCUGCAAAGUUUCCACAAGUCAGAUUGCAAAGAUUAAAUCACCAAGUUUGCACGCAAGUUCCCCCCAAUCAGACCGCAAUUUCAAAAAGAAAAAAAGCCCGCCAUGUGCCUUUGGGCCCAAAAGAGCCCACAAAGUGCUAGCAAGUUAUAGGUAUUGGGGUAACUGGUCAAUAUAAAUUGAGAAAUUGUAUGAAUGUUGAAAUAAUAAAAAAUAGAUUUAAGAUAAAAAUUUUAU